CCUUGGUACUCUAUUUUAGGUAAUAAGAUCUGUAGAUCUUAUGCCUCGGCUCCUCGACCUGAUCUCCGCAUUGUCCGUACUCCCUUGUACGCCCUCUAAACCAAAGUCUUGGAGUAUGGCUUGCGGUGAAGUUGCAACUUCUCCAGGGCAAGGGGUGAAAGAUAUGCGAAACCUUUCGUGUAUCUUGAUGUCGAAUCCUUUGGCAGUUGGUUAGAUAGUACUUCAUCGGCAUUGAAUAGCUCAAAAUAGGUAUUAAUUACCACCUACCUACUACUCACGAUGUCCGACGCAGCACGAAGAGUGCAAGCUCUGGGAAACCAGAUUGCUCCCCCGAACUCCUCCUCUUCCCCCUCAACCCCUGAAAUCAAGAAAAUCGCCGGAAAGUCCGUAGGUCCGCGAGUCGAAGGCAAAGUCGUGAUCAUCACAGGCGCCAACUCCCCUCUCGGCAUCGGGCGAGCGAGCGCGCACCUAUUCGCCGAGAACGGCGCGAAGGCGGUUUAUAUCUGCGACUUCGACGGCACACACCUCGCCGCGCAUAAACAGGAAAUCGAGACACUGUACCCCGCGACCGAAGUGCACACGCGCCAAUUCGACGCCGCGGACGAGAAGGCCGUGAAGGCGGUUGUGGAUGAUGCGGUGAAGACGUACGGAAGACUAGAUGUGUUCUUCGCGAACGCGGGUGUUGUUGGCCCGCAUGCGCCGUUCACGCAGGUGGGGAAGGAGGAGUUUAUGAAGGUGUUGGAUACAAAUGUCUCUAGCGUCUUCCUAGCAGCCAAAUACGCCGCCCCAGCCAUGCAUCUAACCACCCCGUCCAAACCCUCCCCUUCCGGGAGUAUAAUCGGCACCGCCUCCGUAGCCGGCCUGCGCUCAAACGCAGGGUCAACACCGUACUCCGCAUCCAAAGCCGCCGUGAUCUCCCUCGCACAGACAAUCGCGUACCAGCUCUCGGGGACUAAUAUCCGCGUCAACGCCAUCUGCCCUGGGUUAAUCGAGACAGGGAUGACGGCGCCGACCUUCGAGGCCGCGCGCGCGCGGGGCACGACGAGGAAGAUCGGACAGCUGAACCCGUUGAAGAGGGGUGCGGUGGCGGAUGAGGUGGCGAGGGUGGCGCUUUUCUUGGGGAGCGAUGAGGCGAGUUAUGUUAAUGGGCAGGCGUGGGCGGUCGAUGGGGGGUUGAGUGCGGGACAUCCUUAUGUUUUGGGGAAGAUGGCUUAGGUGAGGUGUGUUUUAUACUGAACACGGAUAUAGGGAACUAUGCGGAUAUGUAUAGGCUACC